AUGAAUUCAGUUUUAAAUCCAGAAGCUCCCGAAUUUUACCCUCAUUUAACAGCAGUAACAGAGGAUGGCUAUACAAAAGUGAAUAAAACAAUAAGGUCUUCAAACUACCUCCCAGUGGGAACUUCUCUGGAAAUCUUCAAGACAUUUCAUGAUUUUAACAUAGUGUCGAGUCAAAUGACAAAGAAUUUAAUUUUACAAUCCAACGACAUAAUGAACACAGAAAUACCUAAUGUGAAGUUGAAAAUAAAUGACGACGAAUACAAUACAGACCACGUGAUUGACGUGAACGAUCGCAUCCUAGAUCGUAUCAACAUCAACAUAGAAAACGUUUGCCGCGGAGAGGAACCGGGACCUUCAUUCAGCUCCCCAGUGAUAACUAAGAUACAGGUCGGCUCGACCAUGUUUUUUGGAGCCAAAAAUAUCGCGCGUCCUCAGCUCUCGUUCAAAGAGCCAGUCGACAAUUCCGACAAUUUAUGGGUUCCCAAGAUAUCUGACAAACCGAACAAUAUCAAGCCAUUAGCGUUGAACAUACUGUAUAAUGACGAGGGUGAAGCUGUUGGAUACGAGCAUCCAUACAAAAUAGAACUGGAGUUGUAUCAACCGCCCACUAAAGUGCUAGAGCCCGACACCGAACCUCCGACCUUUCCGAAAUCUCUAGAAGAUACUCCAUUGUCGUUCAUAGAAACAGUUGCAGAUUUGGAAAAGCUUGUUGAACAUCUGAACACAGUUGACGAGAUAGCUGUAGAUGUUGAACAUCAUUCCUAUAGGACAUAUCAAGGCAUCACAUGUCUGAUCCAGAUAUCGACAUACGAGGGCGACUUCAUAAUCGACACGUUGGCAGUUAGAGAACACGUCCACAAACUAAAUCUGGCAUUUACAGACCCAAAGAAGUUAAAAGUAUUCCAUGGUGCUGAACGUGACAUAGUAUGGCUGCAGCGUGAUUUCGGUGUGUAUGUGGUCGGUAUGGUAGACACCCACCAGGCAGCUAGGGCUUUAGCUCUGCCAGGGUUGUCACUGAAGAGUUUAUUGAUGAGGUACUGCAGAGUGGACGCUGAUAAAAGAUAUCAGCUCGCCGAUUGGCGUAUACGACCCCUGCCCGAUGAACUCCGCCAAUACGCUCGAGUUGAUACACACUAUUUGUUGUACAUGUGGCGACGUAUGAAAGCUGAUUUAUUGGCAAACUCACCUGACGGCAGUCUGCUGCGAUCUGUUUUUGAGAACAGCAGACAUAUCUGCUCGCUGACAUAUAACAAGGAGGUUAUAAAUGAAAGCAGUCAUCUUAAGUUGUACGUGAGGUCGAAGAAGUCUUUCAAUACGAGACAGAUGGCAGCUUUGAGGCUGUUGUACCGCUGGAGGGAUGCAAAUGCUCGUGAGUUGGAUGAGAGCACCACGUAUCUCCUGCCGAACCAUAUGCUACUGGCCCUGGCGGAGACGCUGCCACGUGAGCUACAAGGUGUGAGUGCACUUUGCAACCCAAUGCCGCCGUUCCUCAAACAGAACCUCAUCACAGUACAUCGGAUGCUUCUAUCGUGUCGAGAGUUACCCCUAGAGCCGGUGCUGUAUUCAAGUUCAUCUGGCGUCAGCAUCGCGAUGGCACCAGCUCCUCAACGUAUGAUACACGACCUGAGCCAUCUGCACUACCAGGAGGGUGAAACAUACCCAGAGGUAGACGCGACGUUCGUGGAGCCCGACCUCCCAGUGUUCCAGACUAACGACGCGCCCAUAGUAUCCGAUCUGAAUGUGGACGCCAAAAUGUUCAUUCCGCCUUACGAUAGAUACAGGAAGUAUCGAGCUCUUGCACAGGUGGAAGAGAUCAAGGAAUAUAAGGACAAAGAAGCAAAAAUUGCCGCGAUAUCGAAAGGUAAUGAAUUGAUAAAGACAGAAGUGCUAUUGAAGUUGCAAGAAGCAAAGUCCAUGAUAGAAAACGAGGGGAAGGAAGAUUCGAAGAAAAAGUCUGAGGUGCAUCUUGAAGAAUCGACCAUCAAACUAUACGAUAGCAGAAGUGGUGGAACAAGCGAGGGGAAUACAAAUGAACGAGGCCGCGAUAGGUCCGAAGAGGGAGAUGAAAGAUCCAGAGGAAAAAAUGACGUCCCUAAUCAAAACUCAGCACAACGCAAGAGGAAAAUGUCGAACGCUGAAAAGGCCGAGCAGGAGAAGAAACGAGAAAUUGGCAACGAGAAGGCUUCGUCCCAGAACAAGAGUGACAAAACGAAGAACAAGAACAAAGUUAAGAACCAAUCAGAACAAACUAGCGUUAAACCGUACAAUUAUAAGAAAGUGAAUUACAAGAAGUUCCACGACGAGGUCGAAAGAACGCACAAGCAACCUAAGUCCAAGUUCAAAAAACAUAAAUAA